CUCUAGACUGCAUGCAGUUUUGGUAUUAAAAUGUUUUCUGUUCUACCAACCAUUGUGUUGUUGCUUCAUAUUUGAGAUGACAGACUCACAUUGAGCUACUUCCCCCAGAUUAAGCUUCCCACCAACUCCGGGGACCGACGUGACAGGAGGCGAACAACGUUCCAGCUGUUAUUUUUGAGUCCGUGCAUUUUAAAAGGAAAAAGUCAGGAGCUGUUGUCGGUAGAAGCAGCUAGCGCUAGCUGACUGGUCGGACUGGCGACGAGGCCCCAACCAACCAAACGGACAGGAACACUGGGGGAACCAUGGCCAAUAUUGCUGUUCAGAGGAUAAAACGGGAGUUCAAGGAGGUCCUGAAGAGCGAAGAGACAAGCAAAAACCAAAUAAAGGUAGACCUGGUUGAUGAGAACUUCACAGAACUCAAAGGAGAAAUAGCAGGGCCUCCUGACACGCCAUAUGAAGGCGGUAGAUAUCAACUAGAAAUUAAAAUUCCAGAGACGUAUCCAUUCAAUCCACCCAAGGUGCGGUUUAUCACAAAGAUCUGGCAUCCCAAUAUCAGCUCAGUCACAGGUGCAAUAUGUCUGGACAUCCUUAAAGAUCAGUGGGCAGCAGCCAUGACACUGAGGACGGUCCUCUUGUCAUUACAAGCCUUACUGGCAGCAGCAGAACCAGAUGAUCCACAGGAUGCUGUGGUAGCCAAUCAGUACAAGCAGAAUCCAGAGAUGUUUAAACAGACAGCAAAACUCUGGUCUCACAUCUACGCAGGAGCUCCCGUCACCAGUCCGGAGUACACACGCAAAAUAGACAAACUCUGUGCCAUGGGCUUUGAAAAAAAUGCAGUAAUAGUGGCGUUGUCGUCAAAAUCCUGGGACGUGGAGACGGCAACAGAGCUCCUCCUCAGUAACUGAAUUUCGACGCCCUUCGUGUUCCUCCUGAUCCACACGUCUGUCUUCAACCGUACACACCCUCUUUCCUCCAAACUCCUGCUGUCUGAAGGCGAAUCCUGCUCGAUCCUCCCCUCUGUUUUUACAUCGGACACAUUCCCCUUCUUCUCCUCUCUAUCCUCACCGUGUGACAUCUCCUCUGUCCAAUCAUCUGCUCUGUCAGAUCUUACCUCUGGUUUCUUUAAGGCCACCCAACAUUCCACUUAGUGAUACAAUCAAAUCGACAUCCACUUUGAAACAAAAUAGAAACCAAACUCCACCUACAUCUGUCAUUCUGUCCCAGUUUUCUGGCUCUGUCCAAAAAGCGGCUGUCAGCGGCUUAUCCUUGCCUAUGCAGUGCAUUUAUUUUCAUUCAUGCUAACCUUUUUGUUGUAGAGGGUCAGGCCAUUUAAAGCAGCUUUGUUUUAGUUUUUGCUCCUGAUUCUUAUUUAAUAAACGUUUGGCUUGUUUUCUAAAAAAAAAAAGAAGAAAAAAAAAACAAAAAACGAAAUCUCAGUUUUAAAAAUUCUUGCUCCCAACAUUCGGUUUAGUGUCUCUGGACUAUUAAAACAAUCAGUUUUCUGACAUCAACAGUGUGCAGAAAACAGAGCAUCUGGCUAAUGAUAUAUUGCAGUGUCAGUAUAUUUAAUUUGAAGAAAAGAUGAGCAUCAGAGUAAACCAUCACAUUUUUGUUCUGUCACAGAGGAGUUCAGCACUGACUGUAGUACACCGUGUAGGUGGGCUUAUUCUGCGUUCCUGAAAACAACUCAUUAAGCGUCUUGCAGGUGUUCUCACAGUAGCCAUCCUCAUGCCAAGUUUCCCCCCCGCCCAUCCGUCAACAUCUGGCAGCUCCUGUUGGAGAUUCCUCUCCUCCACUUUUGCCACAUAGCUUGAAAUAUUUUUUCUUCAUCUGGCCUUCUCCUUUUCUUUUUAAAACACUUUUAUUUAGGAACAUGGAUGCAUUUGAUUUCUUGUUUUUAAUCGGAGAGAAAAGCAAACAAAAUUGAUGUUCAACACGACCUGUGACAAGUCUAGAAUUAAUUGCAUCAACAAAUAAAUGUCAAUGACUCAUCUGUAAAUAAAAAGAUUAAAGUCUGUGUAAAUUA